GAGCCGCCGCCGGCCGGGAAGGAAGGAAGGAAGGCAGCCGCGCAGGCGGGCCCCGCGCCCGGCGCUCCCGAGUGGAUGUAAAGCGCUGGGCCAGCGCCGCUCCAAGAUGCUUCUAGUUUCCCCGCGGGUAGAAGCACCACGCAUGGAGCCCCACAUCACGGGAUCUGUGAAGAGGAAAGUGGCGGACGAUGCGUCUCCCGCCUCCGGCGCCAUGCCCGACCUCCUCUUCCCAAGCGAGAGCAAGCGGCUUUGUCUGGACGACGUCACUCUCUCCAUGGGCCCCGGGUCCAAUUCUGUUUCAUGCCCCGAUAUGCAGGGCUCUCCGUAUUCAACCAAUCACGGGACUCCCGCCAUGCCCGGACACGGAAUGCUCCUUGAGAACAACCACAUGAAUGGGAGCGGGAUGGGGUCUCCCUUCGCCGUCCCUCCGAAUGCCGAGGUUGGGCAGAAAGGGCCCCUCGGGGGCCAUUACGGCGAGAAAGGGAGCAACAUGCACGCCGUGGACCAAGAACUUCAGGAUUUGCUGGAAGAGUUGACCAAGAUGCCGGAUCCUUCUCCCAACGACCUGGACCUGGAGAAGAUCUUAGGGAGCAAGCCCGAAGAGCCCAUGGGGGGCCUGGCCCACCCGCCCUCAGCCAUGAACAGCUCUUCCAAAUCUUCUCCGCAGGCCCCCCCCUUGGACAAUCACCUCCCCAGCAAAGAUUUCUCUCCCGGAUGCAACCCAAGCGGAGGCUCCCCUUCCGGAGCCGGAUACUCGGUCCCGUCUCAGAACAAGGCUGUGGGGUCACCCAUUUCCUCGGCCACGCCCAACAAGGGACAGGCCCUCCAUAUGUCCGGGGCCAAUUGGCACGCCCAGCAGUUGAAGCACUUAGCCAGCAAGCAGGCGCCAACGUCCAAGCCCCCAACGCCCAACUGGCCCACCAUCUCUUCCCAAGGCCUUUCGCCUCCUUACCGGCAAGGCUCUUCUCCUCACCACCAGCCCUUCAGCCCCCAAAACGUCAUGAUCUCCGGCAUGACUCCCAACGGCCUGCCAGGAAGCAACAUCCAGAGCCCCCAGAACCCUCUGCUCUCCAGCAUCACGUCCAACAGUAACCCCCCCGGGGGUCUCUCUCCCCCUUUUGGGCCAGAGAAGCUCUCCAGUCCGGUCCUCAAUCAGCAGCCUUUCAGCCCUCCCAGCUCCAUCAUGUCCAGCAUCUCAACCAGCAGCAUUAAGAGUUCCCCCAACGCGGGGCCGUCGCCCUACAGGCCGGAGAAGCUCUCCAGCCCAGCUUUGCACCAGCAGCCUUUCAGCCCUCAAGGCACCUUGAUCGCCAACGCCACCCCAACCAGCAACCCCGCCAACAUGCCGGGCUCCCUCUACAAAAACAUGCCGCCCUCCCAGUCCAAGAACAUGAACGUCAUGCUGACGCAGUCUUCCAACAGCAUCCAAGCGGGGUUGGGGAGCGAAGGGCCCGGGGCCCAAGACCAGUUUUCCUUCAGCAACACCAAGCCCCUCUCCCACUUCAGCUCAGAGGCCGCCCCUCCCCAGAAGAUGCCGCCCAUGGGGUCCACCGCGGGCCAACAGUCCCUCAUGCACUAUCUUCAGCAGCAAGCUGCAACCUCGCCACAGUCCCAACAAGUCAACAACAACCAGUUCCUCCAGCAGCAGCUCCGGCAGUUGAUGCAGCCGCCGCAACGGAUGCCGCAGCGGCACGUCCAGCCGUCCCCGUUGUCAUCGCAGGUGCGACAGGACCAGCCGCCUGGCAUCGGCGCUCGGAUGCAGGAGCCAGGAGUCUCCGCCAACUCAGGGUCAGGGCCUGCGCAGCCUCCAGCCUUGGUGAAUGACUACACCAUGAGGAACCAUCUCCUAAAGCAGCAAAUUAUGAGACGGCGGCAACAGCAGCAGCAGCAACAGCAACAACAGCAACAACAACAACAGCAGCAACAACAGCAACAACAGCAGCAACAGCAGCAACAUCAGCAGCAGCAGCUCCAGGAAAAGCAAAGGCUGGGCAUGAUGGGAGUGGCAGCUGAGCAAAGGAGUCCCUUUGUGGGACAGCAGAUGAGCCAGUUUCCCGCAGUUUCGCAGUCCCUGCCGACCGACUGCAGCCAGAGCAUGCAAUCCCCUGGCUCCACCCACCGCAUGAUGCCCCCCACCCAAGGGAUGCUCCAGAGCACCAUGGGCCCCGGCCUUGGUCCCGCGGCCGCCGUGAACCAGAACAGUGGAGCAAUGGUGAUGAUCCCCCAUAACAAGCAACCCGCCAUCUUCCCCCCAAAUACCGAUUUCAACCUCCCACUCCGAGGAAGCCAAAACUCCCUGGCCAUGACGUCGGGGUGUCAAACUGUUCACAGCCAUCCCGCAGCCCGGCCAGGGAUGGCUGCGCCCAACUUCACAGCUGGGGCUUUGGUCAACCAUUCUUCCGCCCAGCAGCACUUGAGGCAACCCGCCAUGGCCAGAAUGCCUGCCAUCUACUCCAAUUCUUCGGCGCCGAUGUGGACACCAACCGUCGUCCCCAGAAUGCCCAGCCAAAAUCCGAUGGAGGCCGCCAUGCACCAGUUCCCGAACAACCCCGUCUUCUCCAAACAGAACAUCAGGUCAAGCAUCCCCAGCCAACCGUUUUCUCACCAAGCCGGGCCUCCCCCCAACCAGAUUGUCCCCGGGAUGCAGGCCAGGCAGAUGCAGAAAAUGAACCUUGGACCUUCUAACCAAAGCUUAAUCCCUCCAAAUAACCAGAACCUGAGACAUGGUUUGACCAGAGGACCCUUGCCAUCUGCCAUGAAUGUUAUGAAAUCCAUGCCCCAAGGGGUCUCGGGGUUCAACCAACUCAACGCCGGCCCAGCUGUUGGGCCACCCAGUUAUCCAGGCUCAGCUGGGCAGUCCUCCAUGACCUUCAACAGAAUGAACGCUCCUUUGGAGUUGUCGCCACAAUACGACUUUGUACCGCAACAGAGCAACGCCAUGUUGCCUGGGUCGUGCAGCGAAGCUGACUUGAUCGACUGUCUGAUGAAAAACAGCGGCGGCUCGGAUGAGGACUGGCUAAAUAAUUUGACACUGAUAGAUGAUAUUUUGGGACAACACAUUCAGAGCGCUGGGCAUGUCUGACUCUCGAGAGGAACGGAAGGAAGUGUAAAUAAUUUUGCAGGAUCUGGAACGGAAUCUUAAGCAAUGACAAAAACGUAUUUUAAAUCUUUUUUUUUUUUUCCCGAAUCGAAAGGAAAAAAUGACGUCCACUUUGCUUAACUGCCCUCGGGCGUUUUUUUUUUCUCCUUUUCUUUUCGUUUUUUUUUUUCAAGCAGCUGUGUACAUAUCUGAAUAUUUUGUAAAUUAUGUUUUCCUAAACAUUAAAUAUGGAAGUAUUUAUACUUCUUUGCUGGACGCUGUAAAUACCUUAUAGAAUACCUUUUUUUUUCUUAUAUUAUAGGAAUUACACUUUGUUCUAAAUAUGCAAAUAUUAUUGUUAGUUCCAGUAAUACUGUGUAUUACAGCAUCAAAUGUUUUAUGUUUUUGACAUAACGUAUGAAUGAGCGGUGCCCUGGAAAACAGAAUAAACCGAAAGAAAAAUUCGCAACGAUUCUUACUUCCCUCUUUCUCCUAGUGCAAAUUGGAUAAUCCCCAUUUUUCAUUGGCUGCCAAAACAGCUUCACAAGUUAGUUCCAUGGGACAAACUCCUACACGAAAUGGGAAAAUGUUGGGGGGGGGGUUCUUCACGCAGUGAGUGUCUUCUCACGGCACGAUCUUAAGGGGGGGACAGGCAAAAUUUGGGGGGGGGGGGGUUGCGUGCAUUGGAAAGCCAAUCCUUUGAAUCUGAUGUAGUCUGUGUAAAAAAAAAAAACCCGUUGUGAACAUUCUCCUUAAAAACCUAAUUCCUCCAAAGUCCUGGAAAUUGUAAAAAAAAGAAAGUAAAAGCAAUUUCCCCAAAAGCAAUUUUCUGAGGUUGUCCCGUUCUUUCCUUUCUUCUAGCUCUCUUUCUCUUUCUGUUAUUUGUAUACCUCCUGUGGACAUAGGCUUAGUACACACUUUUUCUUUUAAUUUUCUAACAAUUCCUGUGUUGUGCUACCUCUAACUAAAGACACCGGUGCUUCGUAGUUUCCCCUUUUAAUUGCUCCGGUUUUUUAAAAAAUUCCUGAAGAAAAGAAGCCAUUGAAAUAUUGGGGGGUUGGGGCAGUCUUUCCGAGUGAAGCCUCCGCAGGGGUGAACAAACCCCACGGAUAAGAUCCAAGCAAGGUGCAGAGCUGAGAGUAGCUACUUCCUUCCCAAACGUUCAAUCGGCAAGACCGCCCCCCGAUGAUACUACAGGUAGUCCUCGGCAGACGACUGCCAUCUGCCCGUGACAAUGGUGUGAUGGCCGUAAAACCAUCUUUGCAAGCCUUAAUUUGCGGCAGGCGUUAAGAAAAAUGUCGCAAAGUAGCUGCCGCCGUCACUAAGCGGACGACACGACCUUUAAGCCAACCGGCGUUUCCUAAUUGGCCUGGUUUUGCUGAAAAACCAGACGUUAAAAGUGCCUGUUUUCAGGCAAACCGUCAUCAAAUGUGAUUGUGGGGCCCUUUUAAUAAGCCGUAAUUGUGGCUAUGCUGCAGGGGGAGCUGCCAUCCUCAGACCUUUGAAUCCUAUUCACCCUGUUUUUGGAUCAGUCGUAACUUUGAAUGGUUGCUAAGUGAACGGUCGUACGUCAAGGUCUCCCAACAACCAAGACAUGGCGAUGUGGCAAUGCAAAGCUGCCCCUGGAGGAAUCCAGCGUUGGUCUUGAGAACCUGUUAGAAUGCCACGGCUAGCUUUGCAAAAUUAUCUCUGCCAGGAUGCCCAGCUCUGAAAACAAUUGUCUUUCUCGUUUGCCCACGUCAAUCAUGUAUAUUUGUAGCAUACAAAUUCUUGGCUCCAAAUUAUUAUUGUUAUUAUUUUGUAUUCUGUUUUAAAUAUACGGAUUUCCCCCCCUCUCCCACCCCAAUUCCCCGGGAUAAAGAUGUCGAUUAAAAACACAACAUAACUUAACUUUGGAUGUUUUUUCUGUCAUGUAUAUUUAAAGAGUCUGUUUAUCAAAGAAAUCCAUUGUACUGUACACUUCUUCAAAAAAAAAAUAUGUUCCUACUUUGUGUAACCAUAUUUUAAUAGCCACAACCUCCUCCUCCAUUUGUAAAAUUAACAUUCAUGUCAGACGCACCAAACUGUUUUUUCCUUCAUACCAUAAUAAACUGCCAGGGAAAAAAUUGCA